AUGCGUCGCUUGGUGUCUUCGGCAGGGCUUGGUAGCAUCAGCAGCCACUGGGAAGAAAACCACGUGCCACCCAGGUCCCAAGAGUUGGCACAGAGGCAGGAGAUUGAAGAGCGGCUUCAAAGCAUGCGGGAGAAGAUGGAGGCCAUCAGGAGCAAGAGUCCAGAUCGCCUCCCAAUUGCAGAGCCCCACGCAGGCGACCUUGAGGGCACGGUGCUUUGGUGCGACAGCGAUCCAACAGUGCUACAAAGCUGCGGCGUCUUGCGGGGCUCCGGACUAAACGUGGAACACUUCCAAGAGCCGGAGGCUGCCUUGCAGCGAUACCUGCGGUCUCCCCAGGAGGUCCUUUGUAUUAUGUCCUCGAUGAUGGAGGGCGAUGGACGCAAGGAGCGUGGUGCGAUGAACGGCUAUGCACUCUUCGAAGCGCUGCAGCGUGCGGCGGCGGCGCGGCGGCGGCCCAAGCCGCUGUUGGCGAUGAUCAGUUGCUCUGCCGAUGCGACGAAAGCGCAGGAAGCAGGCGCUGACCUUGUGGUUCUUGGAAACCGGAUCAAAGCGCAAAAUCUGGUGGUGACAAGGCUACGUCAAUCGAUGGGUCUUCAAGCAGGCUACGUGGGCGAGAGCUAGUGCUCAGACCUCUCUUCAGCCGCAGUCACAAGAAAAGCCUUUGCGCUGCAGGGGUUGAGUGACGAAGCUGGCUGUGAGGUAAAGAGGUGAUGACACGCACAUAGGUUUCAUCAUCUCCUGUCAUUAUGUGUCCUGGUUGGAUUUGACUGCCUCGCGCUGCCCUGCAUUCUUGGAUGUAUUUCGGACAUCCAAUGUCGAAGCAUUUUUCUUUGUCUCAUUUGGUGAAUUUCUGCUGCUGAACGGGAAAGACAAUGACCCUUUUGUCAGUGUUCGACCAAUCCUGGCUUUGUUC